AUGAGACGAGCAGAGGAUAAAUCAAGACUCUACCGCAGGCCUGCAUGCGGAGGUUUGAGCUUCAAUCAAGCGUGUCCUCUCAACUACUCUCCUGUGUGUGGUAAUGAUGGCAUCACAUACGUCAAUGAGUGCACCCUGUGUGUGCAGAGAAUGCACACUAAUGCAGACAUUUUGAUUGUGAAAGACGGCAGCUGCUGAGGUGGAGGACCUUAUGAUGCCAUCACUUCGCUUUUCAUAUCUAUGUUUGUUUAAGAGUGUCGUUUGCUAGGCUCAUCCAGAUCAGUAUACCUAUAAACAGUAGAUGUGUGAACACCUACCACAUGUUAAAAUUAAAAAUAUGAGUUCUGCUAAAAGCAAGUACUAAUGUAU